AUGGAUAUUGACGAUGGUGAUUUCCAUCGCUCCAUCACCCGUUACGGGAUGGCUCAGUCGAGAGAGCGUCUCUUAACUCGGGGGUUCCACCCAGAUGUUACUACGAAGACACCUACACAGCUGGAGAACAAGGCAAUAUCACACCUCAAGAGUAGAGUCUUCCGACCGGACCGAAACAAGUACAUCUCAUCUGGGAAAUACCAAUUCAUAACAAGCGGAAAGAUAUAUUACAGACUUCGCCGCCUCACAAAGGGUCCAUGGUUUGUCACUGAACGCCUUUCCAAGAAGCCCGCUUUCAAAGCGGCAGCCUGCCGCCCAAAAACUGUCGCGGCUGCAAUUGCAACUACGCCUUUCAUCCCCGCCCAGAUGGUACCUGUCGUAGGACAUUUGUAUCUUGGACCUAAGAUCAUGGAAGAUGUCUUCCGUGAUGGCCACAAGACAGCCAUGAGGCUAUCUCUGACCUCGAGCAAAAUGUUCAAGCUGGUUGGCGACAAUGUCAACCGAUGGGACUUUUGUGCCAUGGCCUAUGUCGUUCAGGUUCCCUCUUCUGUAAUGAUUGUCGAGGUUCCCCAACACACCAUUGGGGAUAUUCUCGAAGCCCAGAAGAAAUACAAGUUGAGAAUUGAUUCGCCCGAGUGGAAGGAGACACGUCAGAGGUUGCAAUCCUUGCAGGACUUCGACGGUUAUAAAUUGCGAUCCAUUGAAGUGGAACACAUAUUCUUCCAAUGGGCACAACUUUGGAGAGCUGAAUGCCUGCGAGCUGCCGGGCCCUACUGGGCAACGGACGAUCCAGAGAUUGAUCCCCAAACUACUGAUCGUGCCAAGGAAUGGUGGAGAGACGAUGUCAAUGGCAUCAACGUCAUGGGCUCUCUCGAGGAAUUCGAAAAGAUGUGGUCAGCUAAUCAAUUUGAAGGGACCAAGCACAAGCUGCAUAAGAUGCCCAUCUGUCUCGCGAUGGAGAGUCUUUUCAAAUUGAUGUCUGAACUGCACAGAGCUCGUUCGCAUAUCGAGGUUCUGCACCUUUACAGGGUGCCCCUUCUCGAUCGACGUAUGCUAGCCGUCAUUCUACGAGGGUUGCCGAACGUAACCAUGGUGGGCGUGUACAACUGCCCUCUCAUCCACUUUGGCGACGUGAUCCCGAUUCUGGAUCUCAUCCAUGAGAUCAACAUCGAUCGGCAUGAGAAAAACAUGCCAAAGAUCAAGGCGUUUGAUUUCUUUCCAUGCUUUAACCAGGGCACGCCGUAUGCGCACGAAAACGCGGCGACGUAUGGCAUCUCUUGGGGGCCAAUCCCGAUGGACGUUGCCCAGCGAGGCUUCUAUGCCAUUAUCCUCAAGGCCGUCCUGAAAUCAAAGGGGAUGGGCCUGGACCUGUUGUUUUCCAAAGAUCAUGCAUUCAUGGACUACCUGGUCAAGGUGCCAAAUAUCCCACUGGGCGUCUAUAGCUUUCUAGAUGCCAUAUAUCGAUAUCUAGAUGUGGAACAGGGGGCUUGGGGCAGCGCCAACAUGAAACUCGAGGCGAUCUACGACAUGCUCAAACCAGUUCGAGUAGCGGUGGAUAAGCAUGUGGCCGACGACUGGCCCAAGUAUUAUCUCAGAAUGAUGGCCAAGACUUUCUUCUUCUGCUGCUCUUGCGGCUAUCGAACUUUUAUGGAGUUCUUCCCAGCCGGUUCUACGAAUCGAUUGCAAGCCUAUAGACGCAUCUGUUGCGCCUGUCAUUUGCAGAAAAUCCUUGACCUGGAGACAGAUCAUUUCAAGGCGCAGAAGAAAGGCCUCUUGGACAAGCUCUGUCCCGAAUGGGACCGAACUGUUUUCAACCAGGAUGCACCCCUUUUCCGUGGCGGAGGGGGAUUGAUUCGCCUUCAGUCGACCGAAACUGUGCGCCCUCAGCCGCCGAUAUUGACGGCUGCUGCGGUUGAGGGUGAGACUUAUCGGCUCAGCCCUUAUGGUGCACCCCUUAUACGAGACAACAAGUACCCGCAUGACUCGCUGGCCAAACUCCCCACCCUUGAGGAUGUCGCCCUCGACUCAGCUACCGGACGUCGUUGGCUAGAUGUCAUUGCCUCUGCCGUCAGAGAAGAUGUCCAUCGUCUGGGCAUCCUGGAACUUCGAAAGGAAUAUCCGACCGGCUCGAAGCGAAAGGGAGUUCCCGCAUACGGCCCCACGAGAGAGGAUGGAGGGGCGCCAGAUGAUCUGGACGAGAUCCAGCCUCCAGCUCCAGACGAUAAGAAGUGCUCUUUUGAUUACAGAAAGGCCUUGGAUACGGCAAAGAUGAUGAGCAAGAACGGCUGGUGA